AUGGCGCCCCGGUCGUGGCUUCUCCUGCUCGUCCUCGCCGGCGCACUACUCCAACCCCGUGCCCAGACCGCGCCUGACAGCACCGGUUUCGUCAGCAUCGACUGCGGCCUGCCGGAGCGGGGCAGCGGCUACGUGGACGCCGCCACCAAGCUGCCGUACGUCCCGGACGGCGCCUUCACCGACGCCGGCUCCAACCACAACGUCUCCGCCGAGUACAUCACGCCGUCGCUCUCCAGGCGCUACCUCAACGUGCGCAGCUUCCCCGGCGCCGUCCGCAGCUGCUACACCAUCCCGCUACCCCCCUCCGCCGCGGCGCCGGCCAGCUCCUCCAAGUACCUGGUCCGCGCCACGUUCCUAUACGGCAACUACGACGGGCUCGACGCGCUCCCCGUCUUCGACCUCCACCUCGGCGUCAACUUCUGGCAGACGGUGAACAUCACGACGCCCGACAAGGCGCAGAUGGCGGAGGCCGUCGCCGUCGUCCCCGCAGGCGAGUCCGCCGUGCAGGUCUGCCUCGUCGACACCGGCUCGGGCACGCCGUUCGUGUCCGGGCUGGACCUCAGGCCGCUCUGGGGCACGCUGUACCCGCAGGCCAACGCGACGCAGGCGCUCGUCCUCGUCGACCGCAGCAACUUCGGCGUCAGCGGCCUCGCGCUCGUCAGGUACCCGGACGACCCCUACGACCGCGUCUGGAUCCCGCGGAGCAACCCGGGGGCGUGGACGGAGGUCUCCACGCCGGAGCCGGUGCAGCGCGUCGUCGGCUUCAGCUUCCACGCGCCUUCCGCCGUGCUGCAGACUGCCGUCGCGCCGCGCAACGGCUCCAGGACCAUCCAGUUCUCGCUCGACGCCUUGCCCAACCACGUCUACCCCGUGCCCGGCUGCGUCGGGAUCCUCUACUUCGCCGAGGUGCAGGCCGCCGCCGGGAGCGCGCCGCGGCAGUUCGACAUCUUCGUCAACGGCGAUCGCUGGGGCAUGGGGCCCUUCACGGCGCCACUGCGCCUCGCCUCCGACGCGACCUACACUAGCGCCCCCUACCUAGGGGUCAACGGCCAGUACAACUUCACCCUCAACGCCACCGCUAACUCCACCCUGCCGCCCAUCAUCAACGCUGCCGAGCUCUUCUCUGUCGUCUCCACGGUCAAUGUCGCCACGGACGCCGACGAUGUUGCUGCCAUGACUGCGAUCAAGGGCAAGUAUGAGGUGAAGAAGAACUGGGCAGGUGACCCCUGUGCUCCCAAGAAUCUUGCGUGGGACGGAUUGACCUGCAGCUACGCCAUUUCUAUGCCUCCAAGAAUCACAAGACUAAAUAUGUCAUCUGGCGGUUUAAGCGGCGGUAUAUCAUCCUCUUUCGCUUCCCUCAAAGCAAUCAAGUACUUGGAUUUGUCAAACAACAAUUUGACUGGAUCAAUCCCCGAUGUUCUUUCACGACUACCCCUUCUCUUGGUGCUAGACUUGACAGGCAACCAGCUUAAUGGAUCAAUCCCCUCUGGGCUUCUCAAGAGAAUUCAAGAUGGCUCCCUGACUCUAAGAUACGGCAAGAAUCCAAACCUUUGCAGCAACAGCACCUCUUGCGAGCCCACAAAAAAGAAGAGCAACUCAAUGCUUGCCGUCUACAUUGUUGUUCCAGUAGUGGUGACAGGGGCACUGGCAGUGCUAAUACUAGUACUCAUCAUAAGAAAAAAGCAAGGAAAGGGAAGCCUGAACCGGCAGAACGAGGCGGGUGGCGCGCAGUCACGGUCACAGCACGGCGACGGGCACAACCUGCUGCAGGUGGACAACCGCCGGUUCACCUAUAGAGAGUUGGAGGUCAUGACGAGCAACUUCAAGACUGUUCUUGGCCAGGGAGGGUUCGGCUGUGUCUACGACGGGAUCUUGCCAGAUGGCACCCAGGUGGCGGUCAAGCUGUUGGCUGGGUCGUCGAGCCAGGGCGUCAGAGAGUUCAUCACAGAGGCUCAGACCUUGUCAAAGAUACACCACAAAAAUCUGGUGACAUUGGUCGGUUACUGCAAAGAUGGCGAGUACAUGGCGCUUGUCUAUGAGUAUAUGUCCGAAGGAAACCUGCAAGACAAACUCAGAGGGAAAGGUCGCAACACCGGAACUUUAACCUGGAAACAAAGGCUUCGGAUCGCACUGGAAUCAGCACGAGGGCUCGAGUAUCUGCACAAGGCGUGCAGCCCGGCCUUUGUGCAUAGGGACGUGAAGACAUCCAACAUCCUGUUGAAUGCGAAUCUCGAGGCCAAGGUCGCCGAUUUUGGCUUGCUCAAGCCUUUCAAACGGGAUGGUGAUACCCAUGUAUCCACGGCCAGAUUAGUUGGAACACACGGCUACCUUGCCCCUGAGUACGCAGCGGCCAUGCAGCUGACCGUGAAGAGUGACGUGUACAGCUUUGGUGUCGUACUACUAGAGCUGAUCACGGGACAACCGCACAUCCUGCAAUGCCCGGAGCCAACCAAUAUCAUCCAUUGGGUGCGGCAGCGCCUUGCACGGGGCAAUAUCGAAGACGUGGUAGAUGCUCGCAUGGCAGGCGACUACGAUGUUAAUGGCGUCUGGAAGGUCGCGGAUGUCGCGCUCAAGUGCACCGCUCAUGCUCCUAAUCAACGGCCCACAAUGACCGAUGUGGUGGUGCAACUGCAAGAGUGUGUCGAGCUAGAAGAUCAACAUUUCAUUUGAUGAGGACCCGAGUCUUGUUGAGUGGGCGAUAUUGUGUGAAAGUCAAUUUUUUUGUCUAUCUGGUCAUAAUAUACUUAUAUAGUUUUUUCUUAGUUUUUUCAUAGAUGCCUAAUGCAUGUGACACAUUGUACAAUUGCGGUGUCAUGUGUCAAACUUUUGUGAAACACAUGGGUGGAUAUUAGAGCACUAAAUCCAAGAAACUUCGUGC